AUGACAAAUUUUGUAUUGUGUAAAUCUUGUCAAUUGGGUGUUUAUAAAAUGUGCAGUUUACCUACGUCUACAGCUCUAGAAUGUGACUGUAACACAAAAGAAUGUGAAGCUCUCGGGAUGUCCUCCUGUUUUGCUGAUAAAUUUUGCUUUGCGGAGAAUUUUAACAACAAAAUAACCAGGGGAUGUUUAGAUGGUAGAACACCCCUACUGUGUGAAAACUGGAGACCAAAGAAGUUGAAUACACCAUGGCCAGUUGUAUAUUGCUGUGACGAUGAACAUCAUUGUAAUAAAGAUGUCAAACCAACCGAUCCUACAGUUUAUGUUCAGGGAACAACAGUUCAAUUACCAACACUUCAAUCUGUAGAAGGCGGUCAUGGCGAUGAUCAACAUGUCGGUGAUGUGCAAAAUUCAGACUGUGAAAAAAGUGAAACGAACAGCAGCGUUUUACGAAACAAUGGGGUAAACAAAAUGUUAAACCCGAUCUAUAUCGCCGUGCCCGUGGCAGGGGUAUGUGUUCUGCUAGCAUUAAUAAUAUUCGCUAUGUAUUUAUUAAGACGAAGGAACGAUUAUUAUCACCAUUAUCAUUACCCUGAUCAUCCACAACAUUUAGCUCAAGUCCCAUGUGACCCUAAAAAACCCGGUGGGGCAACGUGUAGUUCAGUGAACCGAUGUACUGAUAGUGAACGCUCAAGUUCUGGGAGUGAAACGAAAUUGUUCCUGCAAGUGUGA